AUGGAGUCGGAGCAGCUGUACCACAGAGGCUACUGCAGGAACAGCUACAACAGCAUCGCCAGCGCCAGCAGCGACGAGGAGCUGCUGGAUGGAGCUGGCGUCAUCAUGGACUUCCACACCACCGAGGACGACAACCUGCUUGAUGGGGACGCUGCCUCCCCAGGUAGGGGGACAACACCUCCAGUCCAGAUCCCUCCCCCCCUUGAGCUGUCUCAGUGGUCCUGUUGA